AUGAUUCUGAUGGCGGAGGUCAAAUUUAGUAAAAUAAUCCCCAACAACCAGCAACGAACUCAUUUUCUACAGGCAAAGAAUUGGCACUAGUAAGCAUUGAUUUUCCAUGUUUCUUUAGCUUUCUCGCUUGCCAAACACAGAGAGAAGCUACAGAAACUUGUCAACAUCUAUCCCAACGGAACAAGUGCCACGUUGAUUUGUUAUCACAACUCUCAUUUUCUGCCUCCUACUUUUCCUCUUAAACUCCGUCCCUGGUUUUCCUUUCCUUCCACCUUUGAAGAAGCUUCACAUGAUCGGUGUUUGAUAAAAGGCCGAUAAGAAAGUGGGAAAUGUGCUAUAGUUCAUUUCUCUAACUAUCGUUUGAAGCUUGGGCUAGAGUUAUGGAUUUUGCGUGUAGCAUUCAGCAGCCAAAUCUGUUUCACGGUUGUGAAGGAACACGUUAUCGGUCAUUGAAUCGAUUUUUAGGUUCAAGGUUUAGUUAUAAUGGCUUCGAUCCAACUAUUGGUUGGAAAACUUGGUCCGGGAAGCGGUUGAGGAAAAAUGUUACAUACAGUGGUCGCUUGAGUUCAAGUUUGGUUUUAAAAGGAAGACGUGAUGGUCAUUUACGGGUUUUGUAUUCCAAGAGAUCUUUAUCCUCUUCUCUCGGUGACAUUAUUAAGGUGUCAAGAGGAGUCAAGUCUUGCUGUCAAGGGAAUGAUUCUUUCCCAUUUAUAGAUGGGAAUGGUCGAAAUGUAGAGUUUUUAGGUAGUAAUGAUGAGGCAAAAAUGGAGUCCAUUGAUGGUGAGUCUAAUGGAUCGGCUGAAGGGGAAAAAAAAGAAAAAGAAGACAUUGAAGCGCUUAGUGUGGAUGAGCUCCGGGAGUUGUUGCAGAAGGCAAUGAAAGAAUUGGAAGUUGCACGGGUGAAUAGCAGCAUGUUUGAGGAGAAGGCUCAGAAAAUAUCAGAAGCAGCAAUAGCAUUGAAAGAUGAAGCAGAAGAUGCUUGGAAUGAUGUUAAUAGCACCCUUGAUAUGAUUCAAGAGAUUGUUAAUGAAGAGUGUGCAGCUAAAGAAGCUGUUCAGAAAGCAACAAUGGCACUAUCUUUGGCCGAGGCAAGGCUUCAAGUGGCAAUAGAGUCAAUGGAUGCUGCUGGACUGGGUGAAGGGGUUGUUGUUGAGGAUGAGGUGGAUCCAGGGAAUACUGGUCAUGUUAGCACUGAAAGAGAAAUAGAUGCGCUAAUUAAUGCUGAUUCAGUUGUCAUUGAUCCUUGCCCAGAUAUCGUAUCUGAAGGAGCCAUCCAGAGUUCUGAAAAGUUAAAUCAACCUGAUGAUUUAAGUGAUCAUGAAAAUGGCAAGCUAAGUGUGGACUCUUCACUAGAGGCUGAAGCAGAGUCUGAAAAGUCAAAGAAUAUUAUUCAAACAAAAAAGCAGGAAGCACAGAAAGAUUUGAUCAGGGAAAAUUCAUCUCUGAAUUCUCCAAAGGCAUUGUUAAAGAAAUCUUCUCGUUUCUUUUCUGCGUCAUUCUUCUCCUUCACUGUAGAAGGGAGCGAGUUCACACCAGCAUCUGGUCAGUCUACUUGUGCUACUCCUUUGUCGCAAUAA